AUAAUAAUAAUAAUAAAGAACCUAUUUUGCCAAAUAAGAAAAGAGAAUCAAGUCUCUACAGUGGUUCACUUCGUUACUCAGCAUCUGUUAAAAGUCAACUAAGUACAUUAAAUAAUCGACGUCCUUUAAUAAACAGUACACAAAAUUUAGAUUUAAAAGCUACAGAAGAAUAUUUAACGUUAGCUGAUGGAAUGGAUGAUAUUGAGUCAGCAUUAUUACAGAGAUUGGAAAGGAUAAGAUUAUUAAAUGAAGAAAUUCCAAGUGAUAAGCUAGCUGCUGGUUUAGCUACAGAGCAUAUAAGAGCAUUGGACAUUACACAUAGAUUAGAUAAUCAACAUCUUCAAGGAAACAGCAAGACAAAGAUAAGGCAUAUGCAAGUACAAACGGAGGAAUUAGACAAGAAUAAUAAGACAAUAACGGAUGUUACCCAACAACAACAACAAAUAACCGUACAACAAUCGCAUGCAUCAUCGACUGAAGAAAAUGCAGAAAUAAGAGUAAAAAGAGCGGAAGCAGCUUUAGAAGAUGCCUUGGAUCAUUUCGAAGUUAUUUGUGGAUUGGCCUAUAAAAAAUUACGAGAAUUAUGGGAAGAGAAAAUGAGAUGGGAAAAUGCCUGCAUGGAGUUACGAGAUAGACUUAUAGAUAUGGAACAAAAGAAAUAUACUAUUCAACAAAACGGGAAUCGAAAGGAUGAACAUUGCUUAACAGAAAAUAUUAAAGAGGAGGAGAAAGAGGAUGAAUUAGGUUUAUCAGAAUUUCCUUCUAACGAGAAUUAAUUUAUGUAAUAAAUAUUAAAUUUUUAUAAUGGACACUUUGUUUAUGAUGAUAAAAUAGAGUUUAUAGCCUAUAUUUAUAUUGAUAAACACAACUUGCAAGCACCAAGAGCAGUUAAAUAAAGCCUGAGUUAUUACUGCCACUUCUUUUCUUGUUGAAUACAUGUUUUUUUUUUCAUGAAUAUUUG